CGACUGUGCGCCACUCACGGUAGUCGCGAGUACUCGAGUAGUCGCGGUUGUAGUCAAAGAGUAAAGGGACAUUACUCGUUGGUUGUAGUAAUAUCACUCGAGGGAGGUGGCGGUUUAUUUGUAAUAAUGAUAAUUACACGAGGAUUGAACUUGCUAAAGAUCGUUCACAGAAGCCGAAAUACGGCCGCGGCGACGAAUCUGCGGCCCGUUAGACUGACUCACGGGCCCGGAGGAAACUAUCGCGAUCUCCCACCAGAAAACAAGCAGUGGACAUUGGCAGCCGAGGUUUUCGGGGGCUUCAUGUGGUGGUGGAUAUUAUGGCACUUCUGGCAUGACUGGGGCCACAUUGUCGGAGAAUUCGAUUAUCCAGACCCAUCCAAGUGGACGGACGAGGAGUUAGGUAUACCUCCGGAUGAUUAUCCCGUGCCUGCGACUCGUGUACUAUAGAUAAUUUUACAGCUGUGUUGCACGAAGCCUUACGUUGUACGCAAAAAUCGUUUAUCGAUUUGAAUACGCGAAUUUGCUGACGAUAAUAAUUCCACGUGUAAGAAAACUGCGUUAUGUCCGAAAAAGAAAUCUGCGCGCAGAGCCAAUGUGGAAAGAAAACGGUAUAUAGAUUCACGAUUUUCAGAAAAAUUACAAGACUUGCAAGUUGGGCUACAUACAUCUUGCCUUGUGACCCACAUUGGCGUGUUCUCAUAUGUUGUUUAGUUUUAGAUAGGGGUCUUACUUGGAAGUUUAUUCUCACACGUUGUAUAUUUUCCUAA